AGGAAUGCGGGGCAGAGAUGUAUUGACCUGGAUAAAGAGAGAGAAAGAGAGAGAUUGAGAGAGAUUGUGGAGAAAACGAAUAAAGAGAUAUUGAUUGCGAGGAUUAACUGUUGGGUCUCGGGAUCAUUUCAGCGAGAAUGUCUGUGCUAUUCUGUUGCUGUGUCACUCCUUCCGAAGACAACGACGAGGUAUUGUAUAGGAACAGGAAAGAAACGUGAUUUAUUGUCUGAGGUUAGGUUACACAGGAACAAAGUGGCCUAGAACUUUAUUUUUCCCGAGGGAACAUCAUUUGUGGAAUCAGACACAUAAGCACGGGCGGCAGGUAGCCUAGCGGUUAAGAGGUUGGUCCAGUAACCGAAAGGUUGCAAGUUCUUAUUCCCGAACUGUCAGUGUGCCCUUGAGAAAGGCACUUAAUCCUAAUUGCUUCCGUAAAUCGCUCUGGAUAAGAGUGUCUGCUAAAUGACUAAAAUGUAAAAUUAAUCAGACAUGCGUUAGGCUACAUUCAAAUAAUAAGCUUGAUCAGAUCAUGUUUACAACAAACCAAUGUAAUAGCGCACUGCAUGUUUCUGCACCAGGAAGUGUUAUGUCACAAUGUUACCCACUUGAGUAAAACACAGACUACUGAAUAUAAUAGGUCUGUUGUUACAGUGUUAGACAUUGAUUGGAUUUAUAUAUCCCGCCCAUACCUCACUCACACAGUGGAACGUGUGUGUGUUACAGAGACAGCCCCUACUUCACACCAAGCCUUCAAAAUCAGCUAAACCAGAGUCGGCCAGACAGCCUCAACCAGCAGCCACAGGUUCAAUCACACAUAUUACCAUCAUAUUACAAGUGUGUGUGUGUGUGUGUGUGUGUGUGUGUGUGUGUGUGUGUGUGUGUGUGUGUGUUAUUGACUCUGUUUUUGUGUGUGUGUGUGUGUGUGUGUGUUUCAGUGAGUCGGAGUGGUCUGUUGGUCCCGAAGCGUGUGGGUGUGAUAGACUUGGACCAGCAGUUCUCUGAUGUAGCCUUGACGUUCAACCAACAACAGGAGAGCUAUGAUGCCAUGAAGGAACGCAUCAUCUCUCUGCGAUGCACCUACGACUGUAACAAUGACAGCAACCUGACUCUGACAGAGUGUGUGAGGAAGAUCAAAGAGGAGCACAGUGAGACACACACACACACACACACACAUGGUUGUUUUAGUAUCCUUGUGGGGACCAAACAAUUGAUUCCCAUUCAAAAUCCUAUUUUCCCUAACCUCUUACCCUAACCCUUACCCUAACCUUAACCUUAACCUUUAAACCUAACCCUAACCCUAUUUGUAACCCUAAACCUAUCCCCUAAACCUAAAAUAGCCUUUUUUCCUUGAGAUCAGCUAAAUGUCCCCACUUGUCCGAAUUCUCCUUGUUUUACUAUCCUUGAGAGGACUUCUGGUCCCCACAAGGAUAGUAAAACCCCCCAAAGAAACACACACAGGCAUAACAGAGCCAUGCCAGUCCUCUCUCUCUUCCUGGCCUCACACAGCUCCAACACCAUCAUCAAGUUUGCUGACGACACGACAGUAGAAGGCCUUAUUACCAACAACGAUGAGACGGCCUACAGAGAGGAUGUAGGCACUCUGACAGCAUGGUGCCAGGUAAACAACUUCUCCCUCAACGUCAGCAAAAUAAAGGAGCUGAUUGUGGACUUCAGGAGGAACCAGGCUAGGCACCCCCACAUCCUUAUGAACUGGGCCGCCGCGGACAUAAAGUUCCUAGUUGUACACAUCUCCGAGGAGCUGAAAUGGUCAAACCACACGGACCCCCCCCCCCCCGCUGCUCCCCCUUUGGACAUUCCCUCUGGAACAUUCUACCCCCCCCCCCCCAACAGACAUUUACCCUGCCCCCACCCCCCAAUGAACAUUUGUUAUUGUUACAGUCAAUAUGUAUAUAUUAUUAUUUUACCUUUUUUUUAAAUUAUUGUUUUAUUCACUUCUCUUUUUGACCUGCACUGUUGGAGCUCAGAGCUGAAGAAUUUACUGUACCCUGCAAUUACAUCUACAACCCUGUGCUUGUGACUAAUAAAUUAAUCUAAUCUAAUCUUUUUACCUCCCUCACUCCCUCUCCCUUCCAUAUGACAGUUACCGGGUAAGUCUACAGAUGAAGGCUUAUAACUUUUCUCUCUCUCUCUCUCUCUCUCUCUCUCUCUCUCUCUCUCUCUCUCUCUCUCUCUCUCGCUCUCUCUCUCUCUCUCUCUCUCUCUCUCUCUCUCUCUCUCUCUCUCUCUCUCUCUCUCUCCAGAGGACAGUUGCAGUGUAACCGUGGUGAUGAAGGGGUAUGACUUCUCUCUCUCAGUGGUUCCGCUGAGGUCUGCGGUCGAGGGGGAGGAGUCUCCACCUAGCCGUCUCCGAUUGGCUCAGGAGGAGCUCUGGGGCAUUUCCCAGGGCGCCAAAGCAAUAAGCACCGCGGGGACCAAGCUCCAGGAGCUGAUAGGCUGGCUGCUGAAUGAGGAGGAGCGAAUGGCGGAGAGGGUCAGGGAGGUGGCACCAACCCAUCAGGACCGCUGUAGGCUGGAGAAGAACCUGAUUGAAACCAUGCAGGAAGUGAGAAGGGCGAGGGAGCUUUCGCUAGGUUACCGCCAGCAGGCUGGAGAGGUGCAAACUGAGGCCGCACAGAUAGCAGGACUGGCCUGACACACACUGUGGAAAAUCCCCUGUGGCUCCCACAAAACUUAGACGUUUCUGCAGCCCACUCAGACAAUCUACUCCCGAUGCCAAGGUGUCUGGCUGUAGAACUUUCUCACCACCAUGGCCAACUGACCCCUGAUUGGUUGCCAUGUAGCCUGCCAACUAUGAUUCUGAUCACCAGACUUAUCUAGCCAAGGCAAUUACCUGGUUUGGACCAGUUUAGGCUGCUCUGACCUCAGUGUCCUCCUCCAGCGGCACAGAGAGAGUGGAUACUCCUGUAUCCCUGUGCUUCUUCCUUCACCUCUGGACUUCUCCAUCCAAGGACGACCACCUGCGGACACCUUUCCUCUUCACUCCUCUAGUGUGUGUGCGUCAUUGCUCAAAGCAAGUGGACUUUGUGGAGCCAGUGUGCCUUUGUGUAUACGUUUAUGCACCUGUUGUAAUCCAAUGUUACAAUCUUCUUGGUCACCACUAUUCCUAACUGUUAUCCAGUAUAACUUGGUUAGUAUUUCACCUGUAUGUAAUAAGCUGUGUUACAUAUGCUGGUUAUACACUUAUGGUCGAGUUAUGAGUAGUUAUUUUGUGGCCAAUAGUUAGGCUACACUCUAGGCCUACUUGCCAUUGAAACCUAUAGGCCUAAGAUGGCCGCCAGCUGCAAGGUAAUUUAGAUAUUCAAUUUGGCUGCCAUGUGUUACCGCAUCGAGAAGAUUGAAAUACUGCUAGUUUUUAAUUAAACUGCCUUUUUCGUCAGCACACUAGCCUAGCUAAUGCUAAAGCAACCCAUUGGAUUCCACAACACUUCCGGUAGCUACUCACUCCAACGGUAGGUAUUCUAUUUUAAUGGAAUCCUUUAGCAUUAGCUAGCUUAGAAUGAGGAGGAAAAAGGCAGUCUACUUAAAAACUAGCAGUAUUGCUAUCUUCUCAAUUUGUCAUUUCGGAUAUUGGGAUAAUUAGGAAUAAGCUACAGCAACAUCUUCCAUCCCUGGAUUGAGGUCUGUUUUCGAGCCAUAUC